GUGUGUGUGUCCGCUCCUGGCUGCAGCACAGCAGUGAGGAUAUCUAGCUUCCUGUGUGCUGCUAGGCAGCCCAAGCUCAUUCUGCCGCAUGCCGCUUACUGCCACCAUUACGCAGAGGAAUUCCCUGCUGUCUCCACUGCUGCUGCUGCUGCUGCUCACAGAGAGACUGCGAGUGGGUUAAAGGAAGGAGAAAGGAGAGGAGGAGACAUGCAGAAAAAGCGACAUUGACAGAUAGAGGACAGAGCUGGAUUUGACUUUGGAUGUUUCAUGAAGAUGAGCCGUGUUUGUUUACGAGGAGACUGCUCGGGUUUUUGGAUUCAUUGCUGACCUCUGUGUUCCCGGAUUACGCACAUAUGUAAGAGGGAACACUGUGUAUUUAUGGAUGUGUGCGUGUGUGUGUGUGUGUUUGUGAGUGAGAGGAUGUGUAAGUGAUUGUGUCGGAGUGCGUGAGAGUGUUCGUUCCUGAUGCGGUCAGAGCGGGCAAGCCGUGUGUGUAUCGUGGUGCUGGAGGAGGUGGAGGAAGAUGAGCCCUCUUCUUCACCCCCACCUCCUCGGCCCAAAUCAUCCCCAGACCGCAGAUCCCAUCAUGCCUCUCGAAAGGCUGCCGCUGCUCAGGAGGACAAGGUGAGACGGUCCUUCUGUUGGGUUGACUGAUCUGAGGUUUGCUUCGUGAAACAUUGAUGACUAGUUUGUUGUUUGUGGAAGUGACAGCAUACACCUGAGAUUUUAACCCUCUGAAUACUGACACUAUGUACCACUAUUAUUACAUAAAAAUACAGUGUAACUGCUCCAAGUCUAAAUUUAGUACCAUUACAAUCACAAAUGUAGUCCUGUCAUGUGAGAUGACUGCUGGUUUGUAUAGAUUAUCAGCAAAGCCUGGGCCUUUGUAGUCUCCAGCUCUGGCUGUACAAAGGCCAAGCCUACCAUUGAAAGAUGGUAAUAAGUCGUUUCAUCCUUUUGAAAGCUCCUCUUUGAAAUGGACACUCAGACUGGGGAAAGCCAGAGAAGAUGAGCCGGCUCUGAUGACAGAGUUCGCCCCCUUAUUCCGUGUCUGCCUUCUCCUUUUUCCGACAUCGUCCCAGUGAUUAUUUGUGUUGUAGGCAGGAGACAGGAGUCGGCACGCCUGACGACCCCGCUUAUUUUUAGUAGGGGCAAAACCGGAGAGGGGAUGGGGAAAACAGAGUGAGAGGAGUAGUUACACAUCGUAGUACUCUUGCAAAUGAAUGGGAUGACUUGGGGAAGAAGGUGUACAUGUGACAAACUGUGACUUUAAAGUGCUUAAAAUAUUUGAAACAACUGACUGGUGAUCAGCUUGACUCUCUAAAUGUGAACCCUCAUCAGACCUUACUGUUUCAUAAUGCAGCAGAAUGAAGUGCAGCACUUUGACUCAGGAAUCGUCCUUGCAGUUAAGCUAGAUUUUUAGACUUAUUUCACAUCAAAACAUGAUGAAUUAAGCUCAAAGUUUGCUAUAAAAUCAUAAAAUGAAGAGUGUAUGCAGUGCAUCGCAGGCUUCCUUUGAGAAAUACACCUCUACUUGAUAUCCUCGACAACAUUUAAGCCAUAUAUAAAUAAACAAACUACAAAUACACCACCAUAAUGAGAGAACUUUACUUUGAAUUGUGAGCUUAAUAUAGUGAAACUUCCCCUAACCUUUCUAUCUGAAUGGACUCAGGGUUGAUUGUUUACUCACGUCAGUAUCAGACUCUCAUGCUCACUCCAAAAGCGAAAACUCAUGCACUCUUAAUAAUGUCAGUAAAACUGCACUCAGAGCUAUUGUUUUAAUAUCAGGGUCUGCUGCUCGGUGUGUAUUUUUAUAUCUCUUGUUCGUUUCCUCCUUCUGGGAAAACUGUCAUCUCUUCCUGCACUCCUUGUAUAACCCGCUCUAAACAGGUGGUGAUAAAUAGUUGAAAUGCUUUAGCCUUCAUGACCAACCAUGUCAUUUUUUUCCCUAUUUCCCACAUACCUUGUACAUGUGUGUAUAUGUUCUUAUCACAGGGCCUUGCACCAUAGGCUCCAGCGUUUACGUAACUCUGUUUGCAUGCAUGUGUUGAUAUGAUAUUUGCUGCAGCUGCUACUGUCAUAAACAAAAUAGAUGGUACGCAGUCGUUUUUGACCUGUAGCUUGUGGAGAUCAUGGCGCCUGUGUGUGCGACUUUCUUCUCGGUACGGCUCAUAACUCUGACUGAUAACACAGUUGUCAGCAUAGAAAAUUACUGCCUUGCAAAUCAAGUGUGGUGCUGCUAGUGAGCAUCAGCAUUUCCUCUUUUUCUCCCGACUCUGUAGCCGUCUCUGUUGAGAGCCAUCUUUAACCUGGAACCAGAUGAAGUCCGCUCGCUUAUAUUCAAGAAGGAGGAUGUCAACAUUCAGGUGAGUCUCACUUUGACUCCUGUUCUGCCUGGUUUUCUCUCAUUUUGUAUGUUUUGGUAUACCUCCGUGUAUGUGAGUCUUCUGAGACUGCAGCUUCUCACAGGAACCAUGAGGGAAAGCAGCAGUUGGUCGACGUGACGGAUUGAUCCAGGUUUCUAUCGAUCGACUGAAUGACUUUGAGUAACUGCUGGCAGCUUCUUCAUCAUAUGCUGCUGUCAGCAAUGCUGAGACACAAAAACACCACUCCCUCUUUUCCUCUUUGGGCUUCACCUUAACUUGAUUUCCCUCCCUCUUUUCAGAACCUACAGUAUAUCUUCAGUUUAGACAUGCACCCUUUGUGUCUCUUUGUUUGUUUCUGUAGCUCUAUAUUGCUGGGGUCAUCACACUCAGUCUUCUCGAGUCAGCAACACUGGCCUAGACCUAUUGCAGUCACAUGACCUUUGUUUAUAGCCUGCACUCUGUUGAUUGCUCUCUGCUGCACUGACAGAGAGAGAGAGAGAGAGAGGAGAGAGAGAGAGAGAGGAAGGUUGGAGAUGGAGGUAAAGCAGCCAAGAGUUGAAGUGAUGGAGCGCAGAGAAAAAUACAAGUGAUGGACGUUGUUCUCCUUGUGGCCCUGGUCUCAUGUUGCCUGUGGUCUGCAACAGUGUGAGGUCUAUAGAUUUUGUCAGGGCUGUGCCACCCAUCAUGAUACGAUGUGUCUUUGUGUGUCAGCCUGAGUGUAAAAAAAAACACACAUACUUAAAUUUCUCGCUCUGUGUUUCUGGAUUUUCCCACCAGGACAAUGAAAAGCGAACGCCUCUGCACGCUGCAGCCUACCUGGGGGACGCUGAGAUCAUUGAACUGCUCAUCCUCUCAGGUGAACAUUACAGCCAAGUUUUCCCUGCUGUAUCCACUCUUCUGUUUGAUUCAAUCUCCACCCAUCCACCUCUUGUACCAGUUCUUCUUGAAAGCUUACUCAUCCAUCCACACUGGCCGUCAGUUGCAAUCCCUGUGUGCAUCCAUCUCGUUCUGUUUUUCAUCUCUGCAACCAAACUGGCUCCUCUUUAAUUUGUCACAGUCUAUUAAGCCCUUUUUUACAUUAAACUGCUCAUUCAUUAGUAAUACCCACACUGCCAAGUCCUCAGUGAAUCUAUUUUUAAACAAAUAUUCAAACAAAUCUUGUUCCUUGUCGAUAUUUGAUCUAUUAUACCCUCAUGACAUGACAUAUUUUCUACUUUAUUUUGAUUCAGUCCUGCCAUCCUUUCCCAAACUUUUCAAACACGUUGUUCCCUGUUCACUCAGCAGUUUCCAUGCCUGCGUGUCUCACUCCUCUGCGGUUGUCACCCUCUUACUCUGAUUGGUGAUUCAUCAAUCAUCUGAUAGCGUCUAUAUCUGCUUGACUUUCUGUAAGGUCAGCUGAGCACGCAGGGAAGUACAGCCAACCCUGUAGCAUUACAAGUGUAGUGUGUUAACUGUUUCUCAAUAACGUGAAGAGCGUGCAACAGGUGCAGCUUUCAGGGCUAUUUUAACCCCUGAGCUGUGCCAAAAUGGAUCAUGGGAGUUUUAUAUCUUCUGGACACUGUUGGCUCACAACAACCACAAACCACAAGUUAUGACCGGCACCCUUUAGACCCUCAGUUUCACUUUCUUUUACUCCUCACACUACUCCAUUCAAGGAGUUCUCCUGUGCCUUUUAAAGCUCCUGUGAGGAGAUUUUAUCUGUACAAACAGACUGAAAUAAGCCCUGAUGUCCCUGUAUGGCCCAGUAAAUCAAAUGAAACCUUCAACUUUGUAUCAUAAUAUUCAUUUACAUUUCAGAUUUAUAGUGCUGAGCCAAGUGUGGUAAAAAUAACCAUACAUUCUGUUUUAUAAGAGGAAAAGUUCAAGAGUUAACUUCUGAACUUUUCUGUAUAUGUUGCUUUCAACAUUGCAGAAAGGCAACAUAUGGCAGAUUCGUUUUUCUUAAAGGGAUAUUACGGCAAAAAAUUAAGUUAGGGUCAAACACACCUUAACACAGAGUUAGACACCCCCUGGAGAGAUGAAUGUUGCCGACUGCUUGCUUCUUUAGUAAUACCAACUUUAGUAACGACCGCAUGAUAGCAAUAAGCAGCGGUCUACGUCUCGACUCGUCAGGGCUCCCCUACAAACAAGCGGCUGCUGGAGGAGAGUGGGUGAGUUGUGUUUGGUCUCUUUGCUAAAGAAGUCAAGCAAAGCUAAAAGAUGUUUGAUGGCUAGUACUAUGGCUGGGACCUUAUUUGUGUUGUUGAUGAAGUUAGGUGCUGUUCUGAGCAUUAUUUGUGGCUAUGGAGUGGCUUUUUGGUUCAGGUUUGCACAUGCAUACAUAGACCGCUGUGUAUUGCUAUUGUGCGGUCGUUACUGAAGUUGGUUUAAUUAGAGAAGCAAACAGUCAGCAACAUUCAUCUCUCCAGGAGGUGUCUAACGCUGUGUUAUGGCGUGUUUGACCCUAACUUAAUUUUACACCAGAAUAUCCCUUUAAUGUAUUAAACUCUUUCUCACCAUGUUUCUCUUUGCUGUGUGUGUGUGUGCGUGCGUGCGUGUGUGUGUCAUUGUUGACAUACUGGAUUUGUGUGACCUCUCUCACUCUCUCUUUCUCCCAUCCAAGGAGCCCGAGUUAAUGCCAAAGACAACAAGUGGCUGACUCCUCUUCACCGAGCCGUCGCCUCUUGUAGCGAGGUAACACUUUGCAUGAGCACGUGUUCGAAUGUUUACUGUGUCAACUUCACUGCUCUGUAGUGGCCGAAUUGUCCUCUGUAAUGAGCAAGAAAAUAAGUCUCACAAUCACUGCAAAUUAACCGAUUUUUUUCAGACCUUGGAGGAAGGAGACAAAUUCAGUGGGGGAUUCCCCUCUGACAAUAGCACUGCAACAAAAAUGCAGAAGUCUUAUAUUUCAGAGGAUUUACAAGUUACUGCAGCAACACACCAGCCAGAUAAGAUAUCUUGUAGCUACCAUGGCAGCAUGCGAUAGGUAUAAUUACUGCUGCUGAGAAAAUGUUUGUACAAUGUGGCCUGAAUGCAGUCAGCACAGUGCCGUGUGUCGGUGUUUGAUAAGCCUUCAAAUCUCUUAUUUAUUCGACUUGGCCCCGGGCAGCGUGCCCGCAUUAACACAGCCCCUUUGCGCAGUUUCUCCCUCUCAGAGCUGUUGUCGGCUUCCUAAGAAUAGCAAAGAAUUUUAUAACCGCCCCCCACACAGCCACCUGCACGUCCCGGCGUGGUCUUUGUAGGAACAGUGUGGGCGCAUUAGAAAAUAAACAACUACUCCGACUCACUCCUCCUCUUCACAUAGGAUGCAGUGGCAGUGCUGCUGAAGCACAGCGCAGAUGUGAACGCCCGGGACAAAAACUGGCAGACACCGCUCCACGUCGCAGCUAGCAACAAGGCAGUCCGCUGCGCCGAGGCUUUGGUCCCACUGCUUAGCAAUGUUAACGUGUCUGACCGGGCGGGACGCACUGCCCUGCACCACGCUGCCUUCAGUGGACAUGUAGAGGUCAGUCUCACACACACAUAUACACAGACACUUAUGUGUGCAUGCGGGUUUUUAGUUCAACUCCUUUUGUGUGAUAGAUGGUGAAGCUGCUGCUGUCCAGAGGAGCCAACAUCAACUCAUUUGACAAAAAGGACCGGAGAGCAAUUCACUGGGGAGCCUACAUGGGUGAGGCUGUUAUUGUGUGUGUGUGUGUGUGUGUGUGUGUGUGUGUGUGUGUGUGUGUGUGUGUGUGUGUGUGUGUGUGUGUGUGUGUGUGUGUGAGGUUCUGAUGCAAACACAGUUUCUACCAGACUUAACGUCUAAUCAGCGUCUGCCUCAUCCUGCAUCCUUCAAAAGCUAAAUCCUCUCUCCUCCUCUUCCUCCGCUGUAUCAGGUCACCUGGAGGUGGUGAAGUUGUUGGUAGCCAGCGGAGCAGAAGUCGACUGUAAAGACAAGAAAGCCUACACACCGCUCCAUGCAGCUGCCUCCAGCGGCAUGAGCAGCACAGUACACUACCUGCUGGGCCUGGGAAUCCAUGUAAGUAUAUUAUCAAACAAUAAUUUACUUACUUGGAUUAUAAUAAGACUUGGUAUUGGAUCAAUAUGAUGCUAAAGAAAACCCCUUUAUGUGUAGACGGUAAUGAAGAUUUCUCCUCUCCUUACAUAGGUCAAUGAGGCGAAUGCUUAUGGCAACACUCCUCUCCAUUUAGCCUGUUACAACGGACAGGAUGUGGUGGUCAGUGAGCUCUUAGACGCAGGAGCUCAUGUCAACCAGGUGUGUGUGUGUGCGCCUCCCCGUAUUAACUGGUAUGUGAGGUUAUCAGAUUUUUUAUGGUAAUGUUUGUUUCCUCGCUUUAGGUGAAUGAGAGAGGCUUUUCUGCUCUACACUUUGCCUCCUCAUCACGACAGGGGGCGCUGUGCCAGGAGCUGCUGUUGGCCCACGGAGCCCACAUCAACAUGCGGGUGUGUGCAUUUGUAGAUACACUCUCAUACAUUUUUUUUGUUUCAGACCCUCUCUGUUAAGAAUUUGAGUACUAGCACUGGAUUCAUUUUGGCACAAAUAAAAAGAAGGUAGACACAAAAACUGACUCAGGAAUGAAAGUGACUAAUGUAGCUGCUGCAGGAAUCUGACAGUGUUUUUAACACUCGGGUAGCAAUGAUGGAAACUGAUAUUAGGUCCCAACAGCCCCAAGAUGCAACGACAUAUGGAAGAUAACAGGGGAGGGGGGGGCUCCCUGAGGCUGCAAUCUGCUCAGGGAAUGUGUGUGUGGGUGUUUUUGUGGUCCACAAGGGGGUUGAAGAUGGCUCCUGUUCUUUUUAAGCUUCCUAAAAUUACAGCUUUACACUUAGAUUUGAUUCAGCUGCCUACACACUCACUAAAUGCACCUCAGUCGUCACUGAGUGCUGAAAUAUAAGCUAACAAACCGUACUCUUUGUCUCUUUCCACUGUUUCUCCCUCCAUCUGUUUAGAGUAAGGACGGUAAAACCCCCCUCCACAUGGCAGCUACCCAUGGAAGGUUCUCCUGCUCACAGGCACUCAUUCAAAAUGGUCAGAGCUCAAACAGUAUGCUGUCUGUUUGCAUGCCCUUGUAGAGAUCAUGUUAACGUUACACUGUAAAUGUAGCACAUAUGAUUAAACACACGUGAAAUCUUGAAUUGUGUAGGAGCUGAGAUUGAUUGUGAGGACAAGAGCAGAAACACCGCCCUUCACAUCGCCGCCCGCUACGGCCAUGAGCUCAUCAUCACAGCACUCAUCAAACAUGGAGCCAACACCACCAAGUUAGUGAAGACUGACAUUUACCCAUCUGUCAGUAUAAUCUGUGCCUCGAUUAUGAGACGCCUUACAAAGAAAAGAGCAACCCGCUGUCUGGGAAAUGUAAAACUCCAGAUAAAAGACUCUUUUUUUUUUUCUCUUUCUUUUAUUUUCUGUCUCUUUCACACCCUACCCUCUGUCACCUGUGACGACUUGCCCAUCUGCCCGGGAUCUUUUCAGGAGAGGCAUUCAUGGGAUGUUCCCUCUGCACCUGGCAGCUCUCAGCGGCUUCUCCGAUUGCUGCAGGAAGCUGCUGUCCUCAGGUACACUCACACCGAUGCUGUUCUUGCUGUUCGAAUCACCUAGUUGACAUCCUAAUUGUUGCUGAUACAUGUUUGCGCAGGGUUUGACAUAGACACCCCUGACGACUUUGGAAGGACCUGCCUACAUGCUGCUGCAGCUGGAGGGUGAGUCAUCAUCUCUGCCCCUAUUGUUUUAUUUUUCCACCAAUUUUUCUGCUUUUCCUCGUUCUUUAUUGAACAGAUUGAAUCAGCCUUUUGUUGUCUUUGCUUAUCUGUCUUUUCAGUAGGCUGUUUUGUUUUGCAUGAACAAACAGAAAGCACACUUAACCUUGUUCAUGAUUGGCAGAACAAAAAGAAAACAAUCAUUGUUGAAGCUUUUUCUUCCAACAGGAACCUGGAGUGUCUGAACUUGCUGUUAAACAUCGGUGCAGACUUCAACAGGAAAGACAACUUUGGAAGGUGUGUGCAAUUCUAAUGAUAAUGAUAAUAACUUUAUUUUUAUAGCACUUUUAAAAACAGAAGUUUACAAAGUGCUUUGACAAAUAGUCAUAAAGCACAUGGAAAGGACAAUUAAAAACAAAAAACUCAGUUAAAACGGAAGUGAAGGCCAUUGUCAUAUGUCUAAAGGAACCCAGACAAUACAAGAACCAUGCAACAUAAAAUGAGACCAUGAGGACCAACAUGAAAACAUAAAAUAGGUAAUAAAAAGAAAAUGCAGUAAAAACGGGGGUUGUAAGCGGAAAACAGGAUAGUAAAUAUAAAGGACAAUAUCAAUAAUGAUAAUAAAAUAAUAAUGAUAAUAAUAGUAAUGAUAAAAUAGAGCAACAGAAAUGAGCGAUGGAUAAAACAAUAAAAGCCUAAAUGAUUAAUUAAGAAAAAAGUACAAGUUUGACAAAAGCUAAAAAGACAGUAAAGCCAAAAUAAGAUAGCGGUAAAAAAGAUGGAAGAUGGCAUCACAUAAAAGCAAGUCUGCAAAAGUUAAUUUUUAAAUUUGACUGAAAAGAAGUGACUGUCUCUGCUGUACGCCUAAUCUCCUCUGGCAGGUUGUUUCAAAGUCGAGGAGCUCUCAUGGAGAAAGCUCUAUCACCUUUAGUUUUGAGCCUCGACUUUGGAACAACCAGGAGGCCUUCACUAGAGGAUCUGAGGCUGAUGCUGAGCUGAUGCUCUAGUAAAGCAUGGAACAGAAAUAAAACAAGGUUUGAAGAAAGUGGUAAACACAUUUGAGGAUGUAUAGAGUGCAGGGUAUCUGCAUGGUCUUAAAAAGUCUUAAAAUGUCUGACGUCCAAUAAUUUGAAUUUAAGCCCUUAAAAUGUCUAAAAUUCUCUUAAAAUCUCAUAAUAUGUCUUAAAUAUGAUUUUGAAAGGUCUGGAACAUGUAUUGAUGUUACUUACAAAUGAAUAAUGUGCCAUAGGAACAAAGAUUGAUUUUAAGUAGUGUAAAAUGUUCUGAUUUCCCUUCAUGUCUUUUUUUGUGUCCAGUAUGGAUGUUUAAUGGGUCUUAAAUUGUACUCAUUAUGGUCUUAAAAAAGUCUUAAAUUUGACUUGUUGAAACCUGGAGAGAUCCUGAGAGAGGGUAAGUCCUCAAAAAGUCUUUGAUUUUGACCCUGCAGGACUCCACUACACUAUGCAUCAGCCAACUGCAACUACCAGUGUGUGUUUGCCUUGGUGGGCUCCGGGGCAAGCGUCAAUGAAAGGGACCAGAGGGGCUGCAGCUCCCUGCACUAUGCAGCUGCGGCUGACACUGAUGGAAAGUAAGUAAAGCUUGAGUUUAAAGUAAAGUAUAAACACGCACCAAAGGAAGAAUUUUGAACAUUUUUUUUGUGUCAGGUGUGUGGAGUACCUGCUGAGGAACGAUGCUGAUCCAGGAGUGAGAGACAAACAGGGUUACAGCCCAGUGCACUACGCCUCAGCCUACGGACGCACACUCUGCCUGGAACUGGUGUGUACAGCUGGGUGUACAUUAAUAUAUAUCUGUGGAUAGUUUUCAGAGCUGUAGAGAAAAGUAAAUAAUACACUAGAGCAUGGUAUUAUGGUAUUGUAAACAGUCUUUGUCUGCUUUGCUUUCAGAUGGCGAGUGAGACUCCUCUUGAUGUGGUAAGAGAAAUAUUUCCAUCAUCCACUGUUACACAAUGAGUCUGUUCAUGUGGCUCCCUCUGUUGGCCAGAUGGGAAAUACGGUGGUUAGUCAUCUGUUGGCCAGAUGAUGCCUUUCUAAAGAUUUUCCAUCCGUAUGUUGGCUGGAUAACAAUGGGCAGGUUUAUUUGCACAAAAAGUUCUUUAAACUUUAACUCCUGUGGCUGCAGAGCACACUGAAAACCUUGUGGAGUUGUUUACUCUUGUCUUGACAAAUAUCCUGCACACAUUAGGAAUGAACUCUCAUGUUUAGUCAAGUGUGCUAGCAGCAUUUAAUGUGAAAACACUUGAAUCUGAAAUGAGUGAUCUUCAAACAUGUCUGUGUUUCAGUUAAUGGAGACAUCAGGAACAGACAUGUUGAACGACUCAGAGAGCCAGGCCCCCAUCAGUCCACUCCACUUGGCGGUGAGUUCAUUGAUUUAUUACCACAGGGACGGCUGUUUGUCUUAAAUACUGUAACACUGCUGUGGUCGAAAACACACAAAUGGUGUCUGUUGUGUCCUCAGGCUUACCACGGUCACUGUGGAGCUCUAGAGGUCCUUUUGUCGUCCCUGCUGGAGGUGGAUGUUUGCAGCCCGGAGGGUCGCACCCCUCUUAGCCUAGCCUGUUCCAGGGGUCAUCAGGAGUGCGUCUCCCUGCUGCUUCACCACGGAUCGUCGCCCAUGACGCUGGACUACACCAACAAAAAGACAGCCCUACAUGCUGCAGGUACACACACGGGCACAAAGUAACAUUACAACAUACAAAAAAGGACACAUUUCUAGAUUCUUGAUGUUGCAAACACUUUUUUUGAGAAUAAUCCAUUUUUAAUUUCCUUUAGGGAACCUUCACGAAAGGAUGAAUGAAGUUGUAUCUAAUCUUGUCAGUCACGUUCUUGUAAAUUUGUGUUUGUCUGUCUUCUGUAGCUAUGAAUGGCCACCCAGAGUGCCUGCGCUUGCUCAUGAGCAACAACAACCUACACAUUAAUGUGGACGCACAAGACAGCAACGGACAGUGAGUGUGUGUGUGUUGAUGGACACUAGACUGAAGGCUCCCACUGAGAUGAUCUUGCUGUUGUAGUUUGAGGAGAUAACAUCAACUGGUUUAACCACAAAAUCAAAUAAACAGUGUUGAAUGUCAUGUGAUGUUUCCACUCUGUGCACAGGACUCCGCUCAUGUUAGCUGUGCUGAAUGGACACACAGAGUGUGUGUACUCUCUCCUCAGUCAGGGAGCCAGUGUGGAGAAUCAGGACCGCUGGGGGAGAACGGCGCUACAUCGAGGGGUGAGACAUUCACACACCUGCUGACAUCCCCCUGCAAUAUAAAACGAAAUGAUCAAAUCAGUUAUAGAGAUGUUUCUGACUUUUCCGACACAGGCUGUGACCGGUCAGGAGGAGUGUGUGGAGGCUCUUCUUCAGCGGGGGGCCAGUGUGUGUGUAGGAGACAUCCGCGGCCGCUCCCCUCUUCACCUGGCAUCUGCUUGUGGUCGUGUGGGUGCCUUGGGUGCUCUGCUGCAGGCCACAAACACAUCACAUGCUCAAACACACCUCACUGACAACCAGGGCUACACACCGCUGCACUGGGCCUGCUAUAAUGGUACUAAAACACACACUACAUGACACACUUGUCUGCUCUGUGUGAAGCCGUUACAAAGCAGAGGUUACUUUUUGUCUCCCAGGAUAUGAUGCAUGUGUGGAGGUGCUGCUUGAUCAGGAGGUGUUCAAGAAGGUUAAGGGAAAUUCUUUCAGCCCGCUGCACUGCGCUGUGUAAGACAACAUUUAUAUCAAUCACAGUUCAUGUUUGUAGCCAGUGGUCUGAGGGUGCAUGAUAGCAUGUGUGCUGUGUUUCAGAAUGAACGAUAAUGAGGGAGUGGCUGAAAUGUUAAUCGACUCACUGGGAGCAGCUAUCGUCAACACCAUGGACUCAAAGGGCAGGUGAGAGGUGCUCUCUCCCCAUAAUUUGAUUCUUUUAUUUUGAAAGUUCUCAACCAUCGGCUGUGAUUGGGGUUUUUUUUUUUUUCUUUUCUCAGGACUCCUCUUCACGCCGCAGCUUUUUCCGACCACGUGGAGUGUGUCUCCCUGCUGCUGAGCCACGGAGCUCAGGCAAACAUUGUGGACACACACAUGCGCAGAUCACCUCUGAUGAUGGCAGCUCUGAACGGGCAAACCAACACUGUGGGUCAGUUCACUCUCUGACACACAGAAAGACUUUCAGCAUUUUGGCACCACAUCUUUUCAUUCAUAACUGUCUCUGUUUACUUGUUUUAGAGGUGAUGGUGAGCAGCGCCAAAGCGGACUUGACACUGCAGGAUGCACAAAGAGACACAGCGUUACACCUGGCUUGCAGCAAGGUAACAGCCAAUCACAGAGAUAGGAAUGAGUUUUAUAGGCAUUAGGUUAUGGCCCCGGUUGUGAAACAGCCUGCCGGAGAGCCUCAGGGCCACAGAGACUGUUGAUGUUUUUAAGAAGAGGCUCAAGACUCACCUUUUUAACCAGGAUUUUCACUGAUUGCCUUUUCAUAUUUCUCUUAUGGCAAAUGUUCAUUUUAAUCGAAGUUCUUAAUGUUUCUUUUAUGUCAUUUUAUUCAUUAUCUCUGUUCUUAGUUCUUUUCUUAACUCUCACCACCGAGGUUUUUACUUCUUUUACCCCUUUCACAUGGUAAAGAGCUCUGACUUACUUGUUCGUUUUAUAUUAUUUUCUUGUUUUAGUUUAUCAGGUUUUACUCUUUCUUUUUUUAUCUUUUUAUCUCCAGUGUUUCCCAAAGGUAGCUCUUUCAUAUAAAUAGUUGAAUUUGAAUUUGAAUUAAGUUGUCAGAGAUAGGAUCUCAAGUUGAGGUAAUUUACAAUCACUCAUUGGUUUUAGAGAGCUGUGAGAUUAGCAAAAUGCUAAUUACACAUCAAAAGAAUGGACAGACUGUCUGAACUUGGACUGACUCUGUCUGUUGGAUGUAUAGGUUUGGUCUGGAUAUUUCUAUGUUUUGCACUGCAGUGGACUGGGAGGACAUCAUCUUGUCUCUUAUAGACAUGUACCUGUUUUUUGUGGUGUUCAUAGCUAACAUUGUGCGUUUCUUUAAGGGUCAUGAGACGAGUGCCUUGUUGAUUCUGGAGAAGGUCAGCGACAGGAACGUCAUUAACUGCACCAAUGCUUCUCUCCAGACGUAUGUAGUAUUUCAAUACUGCAUGCACACUAUUCCAGCGUAUCAACUUAUAAAUAUAAUAAUGUAACUCCCUCCAUCUUUCUGCAGGCCCUUGCAUGUAGCAGCCAGAAAGGGACUGACAGUGGUGGUCCAGGAGUUGCUGGGGAAAGGAGCGAGUGUGUUAGCAGUGGAUGAAAACGGUCAGCAGAACUCACACCUCUUACAUUCUUCCUGUUGAAAUGACUUCCUGUUUUUCACUCUCUUCCUGUUGUUCCCCCCAGGUUACACUCCAGCUCUUGCCUGCGCUCCUAACCGGGACGUGGCCGACUGCCUGGCGCUCAUCCUCAACUCCAUGAUGCCCACCUCCCCGAUGGUCACUAUAGCAGCUUUACCUGCACUUUCCCUAACUCAGACUGUCAUCAACCACCACCCCACUAAUAACCACGUCUCUAAGGGUGUGGCCUUUGACACCCCGCCCCCUCUGAGGCCUGACCACGCCUCCUACUGCAGGCCAGAGCGCCCGCUGUCGUCCGUCUCUGUGGACGAUGAACUGAAUGACUCCGAUUCAGAGACAUACUGAGGAGGACAUGUGACUGCUAUUGGACACAUUGACAUAAUACUGGCAGGUCUGCCAGCUACUCAGGAGCCUUAAAAGAUCACUGACAAGAACUCUGAAACAGCAACAGGGGAGAAAAUGAGCCAGUGUGUGGGUUAUUUUUAGACAAGCUUCCUCAAAUCUAAAUAUAACCCUUGUUGUGAGCCAGAUGUGUGUUUCGUUCAGGUGCAUAAUGAUUGGGUGGAUCCUUAGCUUAAUGUGCUCACAUAUAGAAUAAGGAGAAAACACUACAUCUCUUUUAGACAGUAUCAGGAUAUUGUCUUUUUUAAACUUUAAGCAACAUUUUUCCUUUUAAAUUAAGCUCAUAAUCUUAGCAGUUACUUCCUGGAGUGGUUUUAAUCAUGUUCACAGGUUUUCCUUCAACUUUUCCUGACAGAGAAUCUGGAGAGGAGCUCAGAGGAGAUUUUUUUUCUAAGCAGGAUUGUCUUGAAAUGAAGGGACAAUCUUAUGGGACCAGGACACUGAAUGCUGUUUCCCCCACUUCUUUUUCAGUUUUUACCCUUUCUUCUGAGCUAUCAUGAUGUCUGAAACCCCUCAUCCUUCUUAGUGAUGCUGCCUCAUUGUUUUGACCCAUCCUUAAUUCUAGGGUAGAAAAUGAUUGUUGAACACUACAGAUUUUUUUAGAGGUGUGGCGAAUCCAAGGGAGCGGAUUCUGACAGCAGGUGGAUGUACAAACCAUUGAUGGAUGACCACCCAAAUGAGCAGCCCGAGGAACUUUAAACUUGCAAUGCUGUAACUACUCGAUGUCUGUGUACUGUACUGGAGAUAGGGGAAGGUGGCUAACACUGUGGAUAUGUGUGUGAUUGUGUGUGUGUGCAAGAGAUGUGGUGUGAGUGUGUGUGUGGCAGAAAAAUGGAAACAUGAAUAAUAAUUGCCUUUUUAGGAAUUAGCAACUUUCAGAGGAUGAACUACUUGGUGCAAUGUUUAUAAAGAUGGAGAAACGAAUGAAUAAAGGUAUUUGUUUUGAAUUUAUUGCAGAGUGUAAAUGAAAGAAAAGAGAGCAGCUUCUUAAAGAAUCACUUUGCAUUUUAUUUCUAGUCCAGGUGAUACAUCCGUCCGUACAGACAGGCGGUCACCAGUCCAGCAGUCAUGUCUGAGUGUUUUAAAGUCACUCUUCCAUCUGCAGAUUUUCUAAAAUGCUCUGGAUCCUCCAAAACCAUCUUACUUGCCAAAACUGAUGGGUACACAUGUUUGGUUUCAAACUGUCCCUCCAAUAUAAAGUCCAUUUUAGUCUCAGCUUCUUCUACUAUCUGCCCACAGGAGCUCUGGUCCGACCCAGCACAACGGACGAGGGCACACACCUGCAAAAAAAGGAAAACGUUAAAGGUGACAGAAAUGUUGUAAAGCAGUUUUAUUUGUCCAUAAAGCCUUUAGUUUGUACCUGCAGGGCAUAGCGUCCAUUGACAAGGUGGGUUCCUGCAAAUGCUCCUAAUGCGUAUAACUCUCUACUGCCAUUCUGUGGUAAUUUCAAGUACUGCAGGUGACAGCAAAAGGUGCCAUCACACACAUGAACUUUUCCUCUUGUGUCAUUUAGGAGCACAAAUGUUGAUGUGUCGUACAUCAUAGAUGAAGUAAAAGUGGUGAAUGAUGGAGGGACUGAAGAUGCAUCAGAGCAGCUCUCGCUGUGGCAGAAUCCAGAGUCUGCAACUACAGAUGAAAUGGACUCAGACUUUAACUCCUCUUCUGUGGCCACCCUCUGCCCUGACCACUCUGGGUCUAAGACUGGCACUCUGGCCACCAGCAGCUUCCCCUCCUCUGGGUCUCCUUUCUGUGCGUGGUGGUAGGUAGCAGAAAAAGGGGUGUAGAUGCCACUCCCUGUCAUUAUGAGUGGAUCACUUCGAAUGUUGGCUGCUAGCAGGGUGACAUUGGCGCCUAAGCUCACUGCUCGCUGGAACUGGAUUGUGUCAAGAAGGGGGAGUUGGUUCAUCCAGGCUGUGGGGUAGAUCAGCUGACGCACACCCUGAAAAGUGUUAAAAGUGAGGUACACGUCAGGAAAGGGAAGAAAAAGGGAGAAAGACAAAACCAAAAAAACAGCAGUGUUGUUUUUUUUACCUUUUCCAGAAGAGUAACUGUCGGCUCCUUGAAGAGGAUGUCAAAGCAUAUCAGGAGGCCAAAUUUUCCAGCAAAAGGAGUAUCAAAUGUGAUGAUCUCAGGCUGCGGUGGAGUGUCAAAUGCUCGCUCAAAGUAGAGGUUGUACUUAUGGUAGCGUGCCACCAGCAGGCCAUCAGAGCUGAAAGAAGGAGAAUGAAUGUAGCAGUUUGUUUAAACUGGGAGCUUGUGCAAUUUCCCUCUUUACAGAUCUCAGAUCACCUGAAAACCACAUUAGUGUUGAACUGCCAGCGUCCAUCGGAUGGACAGGAGGAGGUGGGAUCUGUAGACAGGGGGCAGGGCUGUCGGUCAGGCAUAUUAGCCACAAUGUAGAUGUUAUGCCGACGAGCC